UUUACACUCGGCCAAACUGAGUUAACUUCCUCUCACAUGAAAUUGCAUCCCUUUCCCUUGAAAUAUAUUUUAUCCCCCCAAGUACUUUUAAAAUCCAUUCGCUAUGUCUCUUCGAAACCCCAGUGGAAUUCAAACCCGAACCCCAACCUCAUCAUCAGCCACCCAACUCUAGUCCUCAUUGAGUCAUGCAACUCAAUGCCUGAACUGAAGCAACUUCAAGCCCACAUGACCCGUACUGGUCUCAUAUUCCACCUCUUCCCCAUCAGCAGACUUCUAUCCUUUUGUGCCUUAGAUCCCAAUGGAAACAUCCAUUAUGCCAAUCUGUUAUUUUCCCAAAUUUUGCAUCCCAAUACAUAUAUUUGGAACACUAUGAUAAGGGGUUAUGCGAAUUCCCCAUUUCCUGAAAUGGCUUUGUUCUUUUUUAACAGAAUGAUUAGUGAAGAUGUCGAAAUGGAUAAUAAAAGUUAUGUUUUUUCGCUGAAAGGAUGUGUGUUUUUGAGUGGGAUUGAAAGGGGACUAUUGGUGCAUUGUAGGAUUUGGAAAGUGGGUUUUGUGGAUGAUUUGAUUGUGAGGAACGCUCUGGUACAUUUUUAUAGUGAGAAACGGCAAUUGUGCAAUGCAAAAACAGUUUUCCAUGAGAGUACUGUGAGAGAUGUGGUGUCUUGGACCUCGAUGAUUGAUGGCUUUCUCAGAAAGAGUAUGGCUGAUGAGGCCUUGAAUUUCUUCCAGAAAAUGUGCUCAAGUGGUUUUGAGCCUAAUGAGGUUACAAUGAUAGCAGUGUGUUCUGCAUGUUCCCUUAAGGGGGAUUUGACUUUGGCAAGAUCAGUUCAUGAGCUUGUGGCAAGGAAAGGUGUGAAAUGUAGUCUUAAUCUGAUGAACUCUAUUCUAGAUAUGCAUGUUAAAUGUGGUGAUUUGGAUAAAGCUGAGAAGAUUUUUCAGGAAAUGGACGUAAAGGAUGUGUUUUCAUGGACAAGCAUGAUCAAUGGCUAUGCCAAAAAUGGAGACAUUGAGUUGGCAAGGAAGUGCUUCAAUGAGAUGCCCCAGAGGAAUGCAGUUUCUUGGACUGCAAUGGUUGCAUGUUAUUCCCAAAACAACAGGCCAAGAGAGGCCCUGGAGAUUUUCUCUAAAAUGGAAAUGGAAGGAUUUAUUGCUACAGAGAGUAGUUUGGUCUGUGUGCUCUCUGCUUGUUCUCAAUUGAGUUGUCUGCACACAGGAAAACGGAUUCAUGAUUAUUAUGUCAAGCAAGAGCGUGUAACUCUUAGUCUGAUCCUAGCUAAUGCGUUAAUAGACAUGUACGCUAAAUGUGGUUGCAUUGAUGCUGCUGCAGACAUCUUUAAUAAGAUGCCAGAGAAAGAUUUGGUUUCUUGGAAUUCACUCAUUGCAGGAAAUGCUUCUCAUGGGCAUGCUGAAGAGGCUCUUGUCCUCUUUGAACAGAUGAUAAGUAUCGGCUUCAAGCCUGAUAGUAUCACAUUUGUUGGCAUCCUUUCAGCUUGUGCUCAUGGUGGAUUAGUCAAUCAAGGUUGGAAUUAUUUUAGAAACAUGAAAGUCCAUGGGUUAAUACCGACAGUGGAACACUAUGCGUGCUUGGUUGAUUUGCUUAGUAGAGUUGGGCACCUUGAAGAAGCCCAUGGGUUGAUAAAACAAAUGCCAAUGCAACCAGAUGCUGCUGUCUGGGGUGCCUUGCUAAAUGGUUGCAAAAUGCAUGGAAAUCUCAAGCUGGGUAACCUUGCAGCUGACAAACUCAUCUUUUUGGAUCCUAAAGAUAGUGGCAUUUACACACUUCUUGCUAGUUUAUGUGCUAAGGAAAGGAAGUGGAGUGAUGUAAAGAUGGUUAGAAGCAUGAUGAAAGCGAAAGGCACCAAAAAGAAUCCAGGAUGUAGCUUUAUAGAAGUGGAUGGCAAGUUUCACGAAUUUUUGGUUGCUGAUGAAACACAUCCUGAGUCAAAAGCAAUCUACCUACUGUUAGAUGAGAUUUUCCUGCUAUCAGAACUGGAAUUGUAUAGUUCAGGUCACGAGUACACUUGUGAUUUCUCUCCCGUGUAAGGAGUCCAACAAAAUCUAUAUAAGUUUUUACAAUCUUGUGUACCAUAAUAUUCACUUAAAACAUUUG